AUGGAUCUGCAGCGUUUGCUAAAGUGUCAGUUGCUCGACUUGUGUGAGGAGUUCGGGGUAGACGCGAACACAUCGAUGAAAAAAACGGAGCUUGUUAAGGCUAUCCAGGACGAAAAACUUGACAACGAGGAAAUUGAAGAGAUGUGGGAAAAAAUCAAAACAAAAAAAGGAGACGAAGCGAAAUUUAAGGAAUUAGAACUAGAAAAACUUCGUCUCGAGGUGGAGCUAAGGAAAGCGAGCGGAGGACGGGAAACGGAGGUAGAGGGCACCCGAAGUCUGUAUGACAUGACGAAGCUUAUUCAGGCUUUCAAGGUGGGACAGGACAUGGGCCUCUACCUGGUAAACUUCAAGAGAGCUUGCGAGAGGGCCCGUUUUAACCGGGUCUCUUGGGCCAGAAGGUUGCUGAGUGUUCUGCCAUGCGAGGCAGCCGGGGUAAUCGCGAGGUUAUCCGCGGACGACUCGGACGACUACGACCGCGUGAAGAGCUGCCUGCUCAAGAAGUAUCGGUUGUCGGCAGAAGCGUUCAGACAGAAGUUCAGGGGCGUGACGAAAAGGUCGGAGGCCAGUUAUGCGGAGUUCGCAUACGAACUUCGGUCGUACCUCGUCGAGUGGAUGAAGGUCGCCGAGUCGUAUGAUGACAAAGAGAAAAUGCUGGAGACGGUCGCGCUUGAACAGUUCUAUAAGACUGUCCCUGAAAGCAUGCGAACCUGGAUUCAAGAUAAGUCAGGAGUAGACUCUGUUUAUCGAGCUGCAGACCUUGCGGAUGAGUACAGUUCCCGUAGAGGCGGAAAAGAGGGAAUGAGGAAAGUCUUUGAGAAGAAAAGCGGAGAUGAGCGGAAAAAAGGGGGCUGGAAAAGAACAGAGUCGCGAAAGGAGGAAGACAAGGAGGAGAAUAUCUCCACGACCUCCCGGGGCAACGGGCCAGACAGUUGGCAAAAAAAGAAACCCUUUGAGGCCAGGAGGCCGAUAAGGUGCUUCAAUUGCCACGAAACUGGGCACAUUGCCGCGGGAUGCCAAAAACCCAAAGGUGGUUUUCGCCUUAGCGAGUAA